UCGCCUCGUGGCAAUUAAAUCGUAGACGGAGCUGACGGAGACGCAGUCUGACUUCGUUCGCGCACGAAUGAAUAUACCACGUUCGCGUAUAUGUGUGUGUGCGUAACUCUCUACAAUAGAAUUUAGUCUCAAAAGUUACGAAGGUCAUAACUUUUCUUAAAAGCAAACAAGCACGGACUCGGCAUCUGUCAGUGUCUCCAUAACAAUCAUCAUGAAACAUCAAGUUUUCAUCGUUUUGGUCGUCACGCUCUUGCUAUACGUCGGUAAUAGUGAAGCAGGAUGGAAAUUUUGGAAAAAGGACAAAGAGACUACUACUUCUACGACGACGACUACCGCUACACCGACGUCCGUACAAUCGGUUACAACUCCGACAAAGGCUACAAUUGUCGGAGGCCCGACGGUGCCGGCUGCAAACCCCGGAACUGUUGUAACAGGCACCGCUAACUCGGGACCAGCAAUUGGCGUGGAUAGUACUCGACCAAAUGUACGAAAUAAUGCGCGACCCAAUCGACCUAAUCCAGGGACCGAAGUCGGUCUGGACAUUGCCGUUCCGAGGCCAAACAAACCGGGAGUCGGUGGUGGAAAUGGUCAGAGUUAUCGGGAUUGGGCUGUGGAUUUUACGGGAGCUGGUGAACCAGGCCAAAAUCAACCAUCGAGAACACCUGGAUUGGCGACUAAUGGUGAUCGGACGCGGCCCAAUUCACCCACAGAUUUAAGACCAACAUCGGUAUCAGGAAACAUACCGGUUCAACCGACGCAGCCGUCAGUUGCAGGCUCGAGAAAUACGCCUCAACCACUGCCUCGAUCAACGAGUACAGCACCGAAGCCGACUUCUGCGCCGUCCGUACAGCCCCAUGUAACGCCUGGAUCUACUACUACUGCAAUACCACCUGCCAGAGCGGGUCAGAACGGUCCUUCCAGUCCAAAUAGACCUUCAAGUGGACAAACGUGGGCUAAUGUCGUCGCUGGUGGUACACGCGGGUCUGCUUCACCUACAGGUCUUCCGAGGCAACCUGAAUAUCCAGGUGGAAACGAACGCAGGACUUUGCCCGGAGCACCAACGCGACCUGAUCAAUCUCCUCAGCCCAAUCGUCCAGCAUCACCGGGAGCUGGUGGUGCUGCUGCCGCCGCCGCUGGAGCAGCAGGUGGUGCUGCUGCCGUCGCUGGAGCAGCAGCUGCUACGGAUCGUGUAUCAGACCCAACUAAGAAAGUGUAUUCCAGCAAUCCGACAUAUAGCAAAGGAAAUACCGUCACCGACGAGGAUUUAGAAAAGCUUUCCGAGGCGCUUUACAUCAAAGAGACGAAUAAUAAUGCAAACCAACAUAUAACAGUUAAUUUGCAAAAGCAGACCACCAGCAGCAGCCUGACGGAUCAAGCUCCGCAACCGCUACUUACAGUGAAUCCUGAAGCUCUCCAGAUUCCUACGGUUCAAAGAGUCCUCUCAAUAUUCGACAAUUAUCAAUUAGACACUCAUACAAACGAGUACAUUAGUCCAGCUCAAAGACAGGAAGAAAGUCUCCUCGUUGAUACUUUUCUAAGUACAAAUGUGAUGUCUGCUGCCAUGCGUUUUCUCGCAGAUAAAGGAUUCGUGAGACAGGAUUAUUAUGAAUAUAAGGACAUAUUAAGAAGAAUUUGGUUCAAUCUAUUUUCGCGUGGGCAGGGUAGGAUCGGCAGUACUGGAUUCGAGCAUGUCUUUAUGGCGGAAACGAAACAAGUGGAUUCGGGUACAGAGGUACUUGGGCUACACAAUUGGAUCUUCUUCAACGCGGAAGAAACGAAGAGGCACAUCGACUAUCUGGGCUACAUUAAGAAAAAAGAUUUAGGAAAUAAGGGAUCUGUCAUCAAGAUGCAUGCAAAAUUCAAUGGGUACGACAAACCGGUUGCGAGUAUGUUCGUCGGAACUUCGCCCGAAUUGGAGAUGGCACUUUACACCGUCUGCUUCUACGCAAGACCAGAUGGAAAUUGCCCUGUAUCCUUAGGAGGCACAAAAUUCAACAUAAUAACACGGAAAUUUAGAUACCGUGGAAAAGAUUUAAUCGGUACGGCAUACCCGGACAUUUAAAUUCAGUGUAAAUAUAUCAAAUUUGACGAUGUAAUAGAAUGCAUAGAUAUAGAGUUGUUCAUACUUAUAACAUGCCUAUAAUUAAAAUGACAUUGCAAUGGUUGUAUAUUAUAAAUACAUACUUUGUAUAUUUAAUUCCGAUUCAAGAUUCUGACAAAAUGUGUGAUCAAAUAAAUAUUAUAUGUAAAAAUAAAAUGCGAGCAUGCCAAGUU